GCCACCGGCAUUCUCCGUGAGGUUCCCUUUUUCCGGGAGUUCGACGAUGUGCUGCCAGGCACGAUCUAUCGUCUGGCCAGGUUGGCCGUGAUGCAGGAUGGUGCUGAAGGUGAAGUCCUCUUCCGCCAGGGGGAUGAGCCCGUGGAUUGCUACGUCGUCCUGCGAGGGAAGGUCGGCGUCUACAUCAGCAGCACACCCCAGGAGUCCCCAAGGGACUUUACCCUGGACUACGUGCGCGUGGUAGAGGACGAGACAAAGAGAAGCCGCGUUAGCCGACUUUGCGGCUGCUGCCGCUUCCGGACGCCAGAGGAAGACGCAGACUUG